AUGGCGGAGAUGGGGUGUAUCUAUGAAGAAAAUUAUGAAGUACCCGGGAAGGUGAAACAAAUUAAUUGUCAACCAUGUUUAAAGAAGGAUAAACAAACAAAAGCGGCAAAGUUUUGUUCAACUUGUGAUGAAUUUCAGUGCUUGGAUUGUGCCAACGUUCACUACACACACGCCUUCUUAGGGAGUCACAAAUUAGUGAACGCGAAUGAGGCGAGAACGAAACAAGGCUCGUGCAAUAUGAAAGGAUUAGACCAAUGUGAUCAACAUCAGGAAAUUCUAAAAUUCUUCUGUGAAGAUGAGAAUCAGCUCUGCUGCAAUACAUGUGCUAUUGUUGACCAUCGUAAAUGCCACAGCGUUGUGGAAUUUCUAAAGGUCGUUGAAAGGUCUACCUACAGAAGAUCAACUCUAAAGAAUAAACUGGAGGAAGUGAGACAGAAGGCUAACAUAAUCGUAGACACCAUUGACUCAUCAAAAGAGAAACUCGAUGAGGAUAUUACAGAAAUGCCAAUUAAAAUCAGGCGAAUGCGGGAUGAAGUAAUCAAAGUUUUUGACGAGUUGGAAAUUUCCGUUGUUAAAGACGCCGAAUCGUUUCAGAAAGAAACAUUAGAAAAGCUGUCGAUGAAGCAGUCACAGACAAUGAAAUAUCUAGCUGAUAUAACAACGUUUAUGGAAAUGAUUGACAACGUGUAUCAGAACGGAUCUCUGAUACAACAGUAUAUAGUAGACCAGAAGAUGCAAAAUGACGUCAACGAUCUUCACAAAAAUGUCGAUGCGGAAUAUCAAGGUUUAGAGACAGUGACUGUAACUUUUGAUUUUGAUGAAACAUUAAAACUCCCCCCUCUACCAGUCACUGAUUAUGUUCCAGGACAACUGUCUGUAAAAUUCCGUCUAUCAGAUGUUCUAGCUUCUGUUGACAAGGCAAUGAGUAUCACACCAGUUAAUUGCAUUAAUUUAAAGCAGAAAAACAAUUCAGAAAAAGAGCCCUUGUAUUCGGGGAUUGAUUUUUUAGCUGAUGGUAGACUUGUUGCUGUUGAUAAUAACAACAAGAAAUUUAUAGUUUAUAAUGAGAAGCUGGAGGAAGUAGGAUCAUAUCAGUUACCGUAUUCUCCACAAUCUGUUGCUGCUGUAUCUAAGGAUGAAGCAGCAGUAACAAGUGGCGGUGCAUUAAAGUUAGACAUUCUACGCGUUAACAUAUUUAAUGACAUAACUUUAGAGAGAACAAUCAAAGUGGCAACAAAAUAUGGCUGGAUAUGUCGACAAGAUGACGAACAUUUUGUCGGCGGGACAAUUGAUCAUUCAACACCUGUUCGUAUUAUAACAUCUACAGGAGAAGAGAAAGAUUUCAGCAUUAACUUUCCGAAAAAGUCAUAUCGUAGAAACACAAGCGCUUGUACUUACAUUAAGAGCAGUGACAAAGUGGUGCUUACAGACUGCGAUGAGCAUACUGUCUAUAUAUAUGAUAUCAAGACAAACACGAGAGUCUUGGUAAAGGAUGAUCAGAUAAAGGAACCAUGUGGUGUAGCGGUUGGUCCCUCUGAUACUAUCCUGGUUUGUAGUGAUAGAACAAACUCCAUUGUACAGAUAUCACAAACAGGGCAUAUCUUAACAUUGUACCAGACAGAUAUGAUUUAUCCAAGAAGAAUGUGUGUCUCACGUGAUAAAUCAUUUCUGGCAAUAACAAAUGCAUGUAACGGUAAGAAAACACUACAGAAGAUUAAGAUAUCAUACUGA